CCAUGUCGCUGCCCUGCCGGUACGCAGCGCAGUGCUGCGCCCGCCAGCUCCGUUCCGCCCCGAUCCGCGCCUCGAGCUCGCUCCUCCAGCAGCAGCGCAUGACGCGGAGGUACAACUCGACCGAAGCCGCCGCCGCCGCCAACCCCAAGAUUUCCGCCAUUGUCGACCAGAUCAGCCAAUUGACUCUGCUGGAGACAGCAGAUCUCGUAGCGAGCUUGAAGUCACGCCUGAACAUCCCCGAUCUCCCCGUAGGCGGAUUCGCCGCCGCCCCUGCCGCCGCGCCGGCCGCCGCGCCAGCCGAGGAGGAGGAGGCCGCGCCGGCGGCGGCCGAGAAGACGCUCUUCACCGUCAAGUUGCAGUCGUUUGACGCCGCGUCCAAGCCCAAGGUCAUCAAGGAGGUCAAGAAUUUGUUGGGUCUCAGUUUAGUAGACUCCAAGAAGUUCGUCGAGAGCGCGCCCAAGCUCAUGAAGGAGUCGGUACCCAAGGACGAGGCCGAGAAGAUUGUGGCCACGAUGAAGGAGCUGGGUGCUCUGGUGGUGAUGGAGUAAUAUGCGUAUUAGAGGGGGCGAUGUGGAACAUGUGCCAUAGAGGGGCUUGCUGGCACACCCAGCAAUGGUCGUCUGGAGGUAGAGGACCAAAAGCGGACGGGCAGGACCGGCAUGUUACGGUUAGAAUCCAGCCUGCGGCGUUUUCGCUGCAUGUACAAAGAGCUUGUAACACUAUAACUCGAUAUACCAGCCAAAACAUGUAUUGCACCGGCAUGACUGCGG